GAUGCUUAUGGGGCACGCCCCAUGGAUCGCUUGGCGGUUCGCUAGUGCCUCGACUGGUGGGCAUUGUUGUCAGGGUCUGGGGCUGCACCACGCUUUUGGGAAUUGACACGCCAUCCACGCCAUCCACGCCAUCCACGCCGGAUUGACACGCCAUCUAAGCCGGAGGAAGAUUGCUGUCAAAAAUCACCUGGAAACGUCUCCAGUUUGGUGACGGCAGUCAGCGGAAACAGCAGACAGCGCGGCGAGCCCAGCCGUCAAGACGCAGCUUGAGCGUGGCUUGAGAAGAUACGGAGCAAGCUGCAAAGCGAUAAAGCCAUGUCGCGGAAGGGUUACAGGGCAGAGGUUCGCGCUCGGGCACCGAACGAGGGCAAUGAACGAUGGCUGGCGCGUCCAAGCGCACACGGAUGGCUCAAGCGGCUUCAGCUGCUGCGGGAGAACCCCCAGGCCGGCGCUGUAGCCUGCAGCUGUGGGUGUGGCAGCUGCGGCGGCAGCUGCGGCGGCACGUGGCGGACAUGGUGGCGGCAGCGCAGGACCCUGGCGUGCUGGCCCCCGGCCUCGCCGGCUCCGAGCACACACACGCUACUGGCCAGCCGCCACCUGCUGCCGCGCCCCAAGUGCACACGGUGGCUCACACCCGGCAGCACCUCGGAGGCGCUGCUGGGCGCCGUUACCUGCUGCUGGGCGCUGGAGGCCUGGAGGUCUCCGAGUCGCCCGCCUUGGCCGUGACGGCGGAGGCGGAGGCAGCUCGGCGUGGGUGCUGCUCCACGGGUCGGCUGCCGCUGACCAACGCCCUGCUGGCAGCGGCGCGCUCUGCUGGGUUGCAGCAGGGCGUGACGUCUACCGCGACAUGGCUUCGUAGGAGCCGCUGGCCCCGGACGCGGACCCGCAGGCGCACAGCAGCAGCUGCAGCUGCUGGCGAGGCUGGGGAGGCUGGCGGUGGCGGCGGUGGCGGUGUAGCAGGUGGGGGUGGCGGUGGCGGUGGCGGUGCAGCAGCCGAUCGCGCUGGUGCGGCUGCUGCUAGCUACUGCCGCUGCGCCUUCAUCACAGAUGGGCCCUGGAGCGAGUUGCUGUACAACGAGUCCUUCCCGGAGUUGCGUGAGACGCGGCUGGAGGUGGCGCUGGCGGAGCUGUCGGCUGGCGGGCGCGAGGUGGACGGCGGCAUGGUGGAGUGGGUGACGCACGCGCAGGACGCGGUGCUGGAGUUUGCGCGCGCACAUGCGGCAGAGCUGCCUGGGUACACCAUGCCCUCUGCGGCUCGGACAUAGUUGUGGUGAAAGGGGGUGGUGCCAGUUCGUCGUGCGGUAGUGUGGCGGGCAUGGUGCGGGGACCGUCGGUUGCUUGGAGGGAAGUCUCAAGGCAGCUGGCAAGCAACUUGUUCGAUUGGGUUUGGUGCAGGGUGUUGGGAACUUAAGGCAGGUUACAAUUGGUACGUGGGUCAGGUGGUGACAUGGCACUGCGGAAGUGCCAUGUCAUGGUGUGCGUGGGUGCUGAGUCCUUACGAUGCGUGUAAAUCAACCUGGUUUGCAGCAGGACCGUGCGACAGCAAUGAUUGAGCACGGGGCUUCCGCUCAGAGCAUCCUGGCUGUGCAGUCAAUGCAAGUGUGUUGCCAGUCACAUGUAGUCAACUCAAGUCAACGCGCGCUGGUAUGUGCACGGACGGCGGUGUUGUAGUGAAGGGUAACAUGGCACCUUCCUAGUUGCCUCUCGCUCGUGCUGGGUCCCGGCGGGCUUCACGGUGCACGCCGUGCACCCCUUGUAACUUGACUGUAAC